AGGGAUCACAAGCAACGACAAACGACUGCGCAGAUCCCGCAACAACUUGGGCUCAACCGACGCACAUCAUGGUCCUCUUCUUCACGUCAAACGCCGUGUCUCCCCCCGUGACCAUCUACAUGGGGCGGGACAAGGUCGAAAACGAGGAGCUGCUCCGCUACGGCCUGCCGACUGAUGUCUGGUUCCACGUCGACAAGCUCUCCAGUGCCCACGUCUACCUGCGGCAAACGGACGAGCAGCCCCACGGCGAGUGGGACGCGCUGCCAGCUGCGCUGGUCAACGAUGCCGCGCAGCUCGUCAAGGCCAACUCGAUCGAGGGUAACAAGAAGGACAGCAUCACGAUCAUCUACACGCCGUUUACUAAUCUCAAGAAAUCCGGUGACAUGGCCGUGGGCCAGGUCAGCUUCCACUCUGACAAGAAGGUCAAGCGGGUCAAGAUCUCGACGCGCGACAAUGCGAUCGUGAACAGGCUGAACAAGACCAAGGUGGAGAAGGAGGUCGACCACGAGGCAGAGCGCCAGGAGCGCCUGCGCGCCGAGGGACGCAAGAAGAAGUCUGAGGCGAUCGAGCGGGACCGGGCAGCAGCAGAACAAAAGGCACAGUGGGCACAGCAGAAGGCCGACCGCACGUACGAGGGCAUGUUCACCGAAGAGGCCAUUGAGGGCGCCAAAGACGACUGGAGCGACGACGAUUUUAUGUAGGCUGCAGAAGGGAUGGAUGCGGCGUGUUUGGGC